UGACGACUAGUAUUCAGUCGACUAAAAGACGAGGUGCUGGACAGGUGGAUCCCCUCCACGCCUCAAUCGCCGAAACGGAAGAAAGAAAGAAAAGAAAAAACCUGCUUUUUUAGUGAAUUUUGUUUAUCAGUUUUGCCAUUGUUUUCGCUCGGUGAUAACUGGUUGAAAGAGAAAUUAUUUGGUUCGCUCAUCUGCAUCGACCUCCGUGAUCGUCUCCAAGUUCAACGAACCGAGCCCUUUGUUUAUUCGCCCGAUUGUUUAGACGAUACUCACGUGUCUCCCCCGCAGUAGACCCCAACUUGAUACGUUGCUUAGCUGACCCAGAGAAGCAGACAGAGGAAAUCUCCCCGAAAGAAAGAGAAAACUUCGGCCAACAUGGGCCGAUGGAUUCAUUUCUGGAUGGUCGGUCUGCUGUUUUGGCUGGCCGCUAGCUUGGCUCAGGAUCCAAGUGUCGUCCUACCCCAGGGCGAGAUACGCGGUGUAAAAAAACCUUCAAACAAGCGCUCUACCGUUGUCGCUUUCCUCGGCAUUCCUUACGCCCAGCCACCUGUAGGACCACUCCGUUUCCGGAUGCCUGAAAAGAUCCAACCAUCGAAUAAAACCGUCGUCGCCACCCAAUUUGGGCCGGCGUGCCCACAGCCUGACAUGGAUCGAUUGAAAACGUCCGAAGAUUGUCUUUUUGUCAAUGUUUGGGUUCCAGAAUUACCAGUAGACUUAUCGGUCAAGACCUAUCCGGUUAUUGUGUUCCUGGAGGGUGAAAUGUUCACUCAAGGUAAUCCUGGCAAGUAUCCUGCCGAGGAUCUAGCCGCUGAAGGACUUGUCGUCGUCUCCGUUCACUAUCGUUUGGGCAUAUUCGGAUUUCUUUCAUUGGAGACCUCGGAAACACCAGGCAACCUGGGCCUUUGGGAUCAACAUAUGGCCCUCAAAUGGGUUCAGAAUAAUAUAGGCAAAUUUGGAGGUGAUCCGUCUCGUGUUACACUUAUGGGUCAUGGAUCGGGAGCGGCUAGUGUGUCCAUGCACAUGGUUUCCCCAACCUCGAAAGGACUGUUUGAGCGAGUCAUAGUCAUGUCUGGAUCGCUUUUUGCUCCGUGGGCUAUUUCUCAUUAUGCGAGGGACGCUGCCCAAGCCGUGGCCCAUUUGAUUGGCUGUCGCUCUCACAGCGUCGAUGAACACUUGCUCGAUUGUCUCAGAGAGCGCGACGUCGCCGACAUUCUUCAAGCCUUUACUCGUCACCAAAAGGAUUUGAACACGACCGAAUUGUUUGGACCCGUUGUUGACAGUUUCAUGCCACCCGAAUCAGCUUUCUUCGGCAAAAACCCUCAAGCUACUUUACAGAAAGGCGAUUUUGAUAAGAAGAUGCGUGUAAUGACUGGAGUGGCCGAAAGUGAAGGCGCCGGCAUGCUGAGCAUGAUUCGCAAUCUGGCGCGGCGAUCGUACGAUGAUCUUGUGCAUUUAUUUUUAACGGCUUCGAUCCCGCGAGCUGUCGAUUUUUACGGUUUCCGUACCGCUUGGCAGGCUGUCUACCGCACGAUCCGCUAUCACUACUACGACAAGGUGGCCAACAAAGAUAAAGCAGGCAUGUUGCAGCAGCUGCUCCAGUUCUAUUCGGAGGCUUACUACAAGGCGCCUCACGAUCAUUUCGUCAGUGGUCUGGUCAGAAACAACGUCCCGACUUACAUCUACCGUUACGCCUAUGCCACUUCCGAUCCGUUCAACAACGUUCUCAACACAACAGGAGCUCCCCACGGUUCUGAAUUACUGUAUCUGUUCGGCCCUACUGUUUACCGUCAGGAGAUUGGCGUGGGUUUCAGUCGACAGGAUGAAGCCGUCAGCGACUUGAUGAAGCGUUCUUGGCUUGAAUUCGCCUCGUUAGGAGAUCCUACACCGUCUCAGUUCGGUUUCAAAUGGGAACCAUCGACUAGAGACGAACUGAAAAACUACGAGAUUCGCGAACAACUUACCCGAGUUCCUUACCCCAGACAUAAAGUUGCCUUUUGGAACGACUACCUCCCGUCGCUGGAACGACUUGCUCGCGGAGAAGAGGACGUUGCCAAUCCCACCAACAGACCACCUUUCGACAGCCGAUUCCGUGGCGAUCCUACCCAGCCAUACCAGUCCAUCAUGUGGGUGUUGAUUGCAGCCAUAUCCGUUUUGUUGGUGGCCUUCAUUUUGAGUUUGGCCAGCAUGAGACGCAAAACGCCCCUUGUCUGAGGAUUUGCCGGCAGAACUAUCAAAUACCGCACCAGUGCAACACCAUCACCAUCAUCCACAUCAUCACCUCCACCGCCCAUAUAUCACAUCAAUCCUCCAUCACCACCACCGUCGCAAUAUUACUUCAACCAUUCUGAUCAUGCUUCAUCUCGCAAUCUCCCCCGAAUGUCUUUGGAGAGGAGGUGCACCACUCGUUUGAGGAACAAUCGACCUCUUCAUGACCAUUUGAACGAUCGAUUUACCACCAGUUAUCAUAGCGAUGAUGAUUGCUACUGGACCAAUCCCGUACAGCGUUGCGACACUGUUAAAGCGGGCCGCAUAUGCUGGUUGCAACUGGAGGAACAAGCCAAGAUGGCCCGUCUGAGAAAGAAGAGAAUGAACGACGAUCCGCAAUUCCGUUUGGCCAACAUUUUGCACUCGUCACUGGGUGCAAUUUCGCCGGGUCAAGUCCAAGUGCCUUUGCGUCGUAGACGAUCGGUUGCCCGUUUAGUCUACUACUAUCAAUCGCAACCCGACUUGAAGCGUUUCUCGACUGUUCCCUCAGACACGGAUAAGAAUGGGCUCAUCUUGACUGCGUUGUGAUUGACUGAAAUGUUCUCGUUUGACGGACUUCAUGUGUUAUUCCUACAUUCUAUAACCGUUUUCCUGCCAAUGAUGAAGCGAAUUACUUUUGUUAUCGACCCGACUUGAGGUGCCGCAGUCUGCAGUUGGAAAACCGGCAACAGCGAGACAUAAAAUCAUAAAACUAUUAAAUAAUUUAGAUGAGAUGAAAGUUAAUGAAGUGCCAGUGCUUUCUGCGUUUGGUUUUGUUUGUUUUCUUUUGAGUUUCGAGUUCGACACACUUCCAAAUUCUUUUAACUUUUGCUGCACCUGACGUUAACACGCACCUUCUUCUUCCACGGUCCACUAACACUGAGUAGUAGUUCUGUCGGUUGAUAACCUACAUCUAAAAAUUUGGCAUACCUAUCAUAACUGUACUGUACUGUGCGUGUCUAUUUCUUUUUAAUGUAUGUUAUUGUGACAUCUCUUGUUUUUUGUAUUUCUCGCGUAAGUCCUCUCAUUAUAAGAAGACCUUGUUUUGUUGUGAAUGUCAAGAAUGCCGCUCUAUGCCAUGCAAGUUGAUCAGCGUCUAGAACUGUUAUUGUACGCGUCGAAUUGGAAUCAAAGUGCUCCUUUAGCCUAACUGUUUCAAUACAUUCAUUUUUGUUUCAUA